CCACCAAGAAGCAAACACAAACCAUUAGCCAUAAGUCUGCAUUCCUUGUUCUCUCCAUCCCUGCCUUUAAGCCACCAUCAUCAUGCUAGGCCUAGCACACAAUGUGGCUACCAAGGUAGCCUCAGUAGUCCACACUACUCAGAAAACCAUUGCUGGGGAGCUUAGCCUGUUUGCCAUGCCUGACAAGAAGAUCUUGGAGGAGAUUUACACAACUCAUGUCCACGCUGAUGAAUCCUUUGAUGACGAUUCUCUCUUCGUCAUUGUUGAGAACAUCCUCAAGCGUGCAACCCAAAAUGUUGAUAAAAUAGUGCAGGGUACUCAAGUGCAUGUGGACAACAUAGAGGAGAAAAACCCCAAAGCCAGUUUCAGCGUACCAUUGUGCACGCUUAAGAGAAUUUCCUGCGAGAUGCAAUGCAAGCCUCCUGGUGACGAAAUCGCCCACAACACAACAGUGGCAAUACUCAACAAGCUCUCAAAGUAUUCAUGGGAAGCAAAGGCAUCACUGACCCUAGCAGCUUUUGCUAUGGAAUAUGGUGAAUUCUGGCUCCUGGCGCAGCUUCGCGAAUCAGACCACCUUGCCAAAUCAAUUGCAAUCCUCAAACGAGUCCCUGUUCUACUCAAGCCGUCAGAGCUGCACAAGCGCAGGCAAUCAAUUCUUGAGCUUAACAAUCUGAUCAAGGCCACACUGCAAGUGAUCGAAUGCAUCGACCAGUUCAAUAAGUAUUCCACUUAUGACCCAAAAGAUGUCCCCGAUUUGUCGAUAGCCUUGGAUCAUAUUCCGGUUGAUGUCUAUUGGGUUAUCAUCACUGUUGUUGCUUGUGCCACUAAGAUCACUAUACUCACUAGUGAUGAGGACAAGGAGUAUGAUCUAGCCCCCUAUUCUCAAAAAAUCCACUAUGUCCUAAACAAGCUAACGAUUCAGCUAAGAGGUUGCAGGAAACAAAUUGAGGAGGCAGAGACUUACAGAAGGAUCACGAAAUUGUUCCGAACCCCUACUGAAAUUAUGGAGGUUUUCAAGGGACUGAUAUUUACAAAGGAUAAUGUCCAGCCACUCAUAGAUGGUUCAACUAAGCAAACGGUUAAGAUCGACAUCCUAAGGAGAAAGAAUGUGUUAUUGUUCAUUUCCACCCUAGACGUCUCUGACGAUGACAUUUCGAUUCUGAAACCGAUCCACGAGUUCACAAAGAGAGACAAUCAGUACAAGAUUGUCUGGAUUCCAAUUGUGGAGCAAUGGACUGAUGACCUGAGAAAAAAAUUUGAUAUCCUGAAGAACAAAAUGCCUUGGUUUACGGUGCAGUACUCUGGACCUAUUGCAGGCAUCAAGUUCAUCAAGGAGGAGUGGAAUUUCAAGGGUAAGCCUACGGUAGUGGUGAUGAACCCACAAGGAAAGGUCGAACACUCCAACGCUCUGCACAUGAUUCGGGUAUGGGGAGCCAAGGCCUUCCCUUUCACAAAGACAACAGAAGAAGAACUGUCACAUUCUCAUGCAGGAAAAUGGGUUGGCUCCGUUGUUGAAGGAACUCACCCAUCUGUGCACACUUGGAUCAAAGAGGAUAAGUACAUCUUCUUCUAUGGCGGUAAAGACAACGAAUGGAUUCAGCAAUUCACAAAGAAAGCGACUGCCCUUGCAAAUGAUCCAAUCUUCAAGGAAGCAAAGAUUCACCUAGAGUUGGUCUGCGUCGGAAAAGGCAGCAAAGGAGAAGAUGACCAUGGCGUUCUAGGCCGCUUCUGGACCAGUGUAGAGAGCCUGUUCUUCACCAAAGGCCACAAGCAGGUGGAGUCAGUGAAUCAAGAAAUCCAGAAGCUUCUCUCUUACAAAAACGAAAGUGGAUGGGCGGUGCUUAGCAAAGGGUCGACUGUGUUGGUCACAGGUCAUGGUGUCUCGGUGUUGAAGGUGGUUGAGGACUUUGAGAAAUGGAAGGACCAUGUCAAGGAGAAAGGAUUUGAGUUUUGUUUCAAGGCCUAUCAUGAGAAGAUUAGUCAGGCUAGUCGACCUUGCUGCCGUCUGGACAUUCCGGGGUCUAACGGCAAGGUUCCAGAGUCGAUGAGGUGCCCUGAUUGCCACCGUAAUAUGGAGACUUUUAUCAGUUACAAGUGCUGCCACAUUGAUGGUCCUACUGCACAUCAUUAAGUGCGGGCUUAAUUUGUGUUUUCAGUCUUUCAGUACUAGUAAUGAUGGACUAUGUUAUGUUAUCUUUUACUUUUGCUAGAAUAAACAAUGGGGCAUGUGAUGCAUUGUGAUGCUUGGGCAUUACCCAGACUUAUGAUUUGAAUUUUCGUGCUAUAGCAAUAUGGCUACUAUGUUCGAUGUUAAUGUACGUUGUGAAUCGAAUAAAACCAAUGUUUUGGUGA